GCCACUUGUGCAGAGCAGUUCAAACCCAAAGGGAGCCCAUGCAACAGGAGAAGGUUGGGAGAUACAGAGCCUAGCUGGAGAGAAGACUCUUUGGGAUAACAAUCAAGAGCCCAGAACAUGCUUUUCUCCUUCUACACUGCUCUUUGAACAGGCCUCACCAUAGUAUCUGAGUACCUCCCAGCCCAAUAGACUGCUAUAGGGAGGUCCCUGCUUGACCCCAUGGAAUCCUCUGCUCUGCUCCCUGCUCAGGUAUUGGGCAGCACCACCCAGGAGUCUCCCAGGGCUCUAUUCAUCUCCUCGGGCUCCAUCAUGUCGUGCUUCACCCACCUAUGGCACUCCAGCACACCGGACUCUCCCACCAGCCCGGUCCCUGCAUCUCCACAUGAAAUCCCUAUUCCCAUCAGCCCUAUCGUUAUCACAUCACCAGUGGACAGCAAGAGGAAAGCGAGGUCCCCAACCGACAAACCAGGCUCUCCAAACCCAACAUCCCCAAAGCCAGCCUCUCCCGUCGAAUGCUCCAUCUGCUUCAACACAUACGACAACACCUUUAAGACCCCCAAACUCCUCCAAUGCUCACAUGUUUUCUGCCUGGAAUGCGUGGCCCGCCUGAGCAAAGGGCUGCCCCCCAACCACCCCGAGGACCAGCUCCCCUGCCCCUUCUGCAGGCAGCUGACCAGCAUCCCACUGGAAGGUGCCCCAGCCUUGGAGACCAGCAAGGAGCUGCUGGCCACUCUGCCCCCCGAGCUCCAACAGGAGAAGGUGCUCUGGAUGGAAGGCACCAAGCUGUGCUGUCGGGAGGCCUCGGAUGACCCUGAGAACCCAGACUCGUGCAUCUCCAUUGACGUUGCCAUGAGCAAACCUGAAAGCCCAGAGGUCCCCCCGACGGGGCUGGUGGGGAGGCUGUCCCGCUGUGAUAUGUGCGACGAUUGGAAGCGCAUCGUCCUGCUCUCUGCUCUCAUCAUCAUCCUCUUCUGCAUCAUCCUAUGGCCGGUGCAGUGUGCAUUGAAGACGGGGAACCUCCGCUGCUUUACGAGGACUGUUGCAAUGAGCAGGCCAGAAUAUCUCCCCUCAAAACACACCACAGCAGCCACACCUGUGACACAGCUCCCUUACCUGUAGCAUAACAUUGGCACACCCCCCAAGAGCAUCCCUUGCUGUGCUUGCGGACCCUGUGGUCCCCACUCCCAUUCUGUGCCCACACUUGGAUGCAUGCACUCACUUCCAGUGGCCCAUUUAUGCUCCCAGGAGCUGCCUCAGUUUCCUACUGCCAAACUCUAUGGAGAUCUGAGCCUUCAAAGCUGUUGCAAAGGUGUGAUAGGUGACUGCUAAACUUCUUGGGCUGUUUGCCCACAGGCUGGAUACCUGGUGACAGCGGCUGUAGCUCCUUCCAGCUCCUUUGGGGAAUAAAGGGCUCUCUUCAUAGUUAUUCCUAAGAGGAGCUGGGUUUGGGAGGGUAAGGACAUAUCAAAGCAGAUUAAAAUUAACCUUGUUCCACCUGCUCGAAACAUUUUGGUUGUGGAUUCAGCACAGAAGGUGUGAAAUGCUGCCUCCUGCUGACAGCACAUCCAUCCACCCCCGCUCCUCACCUGAGCUGAGCAUUGCUCAACUUCAAACAGGAAAUAAAAGCCAUCCUAUUGCUGCUUUUCCUCUCCAAGAAGGUGCUUAAAAGAAAACCCCAAUCACUCAUCCUUAACCUGGAAAGGAGAGCAAACUCACCCCGAGCACAGCAUCACGCUGCCCUCAACGUCCUUCCCACUGCUCCCAGGCCAACUGUUGCUGAAGUGGCAGAAGUUCCACCUUCUGACAGCUCUACCCUCCUCAUCUUCCAAGGUGUCAGUAUUAAGACACAGGCCAGUUGCUCACACUCUCUUUUUAUUUAACCCAGGGAUCUUCUGACAGUGGUUAACAACAGCCUUCAUGACGAAGGCGGCUUACAAUUAAAUCCCGUAUAUUCAAGCACAUGGACGUGAGACAGGAUUGUACACAAGUACCAUGUAUGUAUUAAAUUAUGUUUUAUACAAUGCAAGGUGUCAGUGUGUAACAUUUACUCCCUGCUCCCCCCCCCCUUCAUGGAUGCAGCAGCAGCAGAGCUGUACUUGCCUUUAACCCCUACCUGCACACUUAAUGCCAUCCCAAUUGUGCUGUCCCAGGCACAACCAACCCUGCAAAAGUAGAAGCUGCAAACACUGCUCAUCUUUUACAUCCUCCCAGCUGGAUCAAAGCUGUUUUCCAUCUCUCUUUGCAGCAAAUCUGAUCUGAAAUACAAAAGGCCGAAGCAGCAGCAAAAGUACCCCAAGUCUGUUGCUAUGCAAAACUUCUGUCAAGCUGCUGAGUGCGUCCUGUAUCUGCAACACCUUUGUUGUUCAGCUGCUGGCUGCUAUUAUCUGUGCAAGCCACACGGCUGCAGAAAUUACUCCAGGCACUGCAAACAACUUCUGCCAAAGGCCCUGAGCUCGACAGGGAUUCUCCCUUGCAUCGUCCCCAUCCUCUUGCUGCUGGAAGGAUAUCUUCACAGCACCAGCUUAAGUGGCUGACUGAGACUUAGGGCAGAGAAGGCACUUUGACUGUAAAAGGUGCAUUUGAGAUUAAGCCCAGCAAACUGGCACUAGCAGAGAUGAAAUGUUCCCCAUCAAGUGCAACUACAUUACUGCUCAAUCCCACUGAUGAGACCUAAGGGCUGAGGGGAGGGAAACAGCAUCUUCAGCCUCAUCACAUCCAUUGUUAUGGGUGGGAAAGAGUGAGCACAGAGAUCUCACAGCACACAGAUGUUCAGGAGGCCCCUUACCCACAUUGAUUGUCAGUCGCUUUCCCAAACCACUUAAAAACAAGAGAGAGGAGGGGGGAAAGAAUAAGGAAAGCUUUGAGAAUAUUCAACAUUUAUUAAAAGUGCAAUAAAAAUAAAACAGUUUUCCUGUCCUGUGAGAAGGGACCAGGAAGACCAGCCAGGAAAUACAGCCAAAGGAUGCCAUCGUGCUUUCUUUAAGCCCUUCCUGCUCACUGUUGGCACUUGGGCACCAAGGUCCCUGAGCAGGUAGUGACCCAAGAGCACAUUCAACACCCUGCAUUGCUCCAGAAGCCAACACUGACACUCUGACCCCCAGUGCAUCCUGCUAAAAGUGGGGGGGUUCUAUUUGCAGACUGUAGGGCUGGAACAGCAGGAAGACCCGGCAGUCACAAGUCAAGAUUCAUCAACAGAGCUGGAACACUGCACUCAGUAACACACUCAUCUUUGUGGCACUGGCCAAAUCCCAUGUGCUACUACAUCACCCUACCCAGCAGACGCAGCACUUGCCUUGUCAUACAGUUGCAGGGGGAAGGAGAGGUCAUACUGCAAGGAAACAGCAGAGCUGCGUCAAACUUAGGGGGGCCCAGCUCUACAAGUUCAGCUCAGCCCAGCAUCCCAGGGUGUGUUAUUCACCCAGGGGGGGCUAAAAGCACAGUGCACAGUCAAAGCUGCUUUCCUGCUCGCCAGCACACUCCAGCUAAGUGGGCUUUCAGUCCUCAACACACACACACACACACAC